AAUGAUAUAGCCGUGCCACUUCUUCGCUAAGUUUUACAACUCAUAUCUCAUAUUCAACCUGUCCAUUUCCAAGGAUCUACGUCGAACCGUGCGAAACACCACAACUUCUUAGGCGCAUAUGCACGAUCACCGUUCCUACUGCGACUAUUAGCCCUCGUCGAUUGAAUACACGAUCCCCCGAUCAAUACCCAAACGACUCGAAACUUUAAGAAAUGAGAAAUGCCUAGUCGAUUGCAAAAAGCUCGUCGUCAUCCGCCUAAUCGCGAACCCUUAGUUCCAAUUCAACAGAGCAUUGAAAACGAACCUGCUUACUUGUAUGCUGCCGCGUCAGAUGCUAGCCCUAAAGCAAAACCGGCGCAUACUCCCAACGGUUUGAGAACCACCAUGAAUACUCUCAGCGCGACCCCCGAAUCCAAAUACAAUCCUUAUGCCACUCCUGGUUUCUCACCAACCAGCAACUCUAAGAUCCCCUCUACUAUUCGAACCGUUCCUAGCUUCGAUGCUCCCUCGGAUGCUUCCUCGUUAGAUUCACCAUCCGCACGAAAUAGCGGCUUUUCUAGUUCCGUCAACAGCAAUGUCAGCGGCACAUCAUAUCAUUCUCAACAACAACCGACACAUAGCAGCUCAACCGUGAGAUUAAAACAACAGUCGCCAGGCCCAGCAUCGCCACAAGCAAUAUCACAGAACGAAAAUUCUUAUAUGUCCGCAAGCGACACAAUGCCAGGAGGAAAAGAUCUUACAGAAGAACAGACCUUAUCUUUACAAGUUCCAGAAUCGAGCGCGCUAGAAGAUAGGUCCAACAGAAUGAGAGAAGGUUCACCACAAUGGGACGGCACCGUCGGCAAGGCUGGUCUGGGGAAGACAGGUCGAGUGAUUAACAAGUUGGUGUCCGAUAACGAAGCAUUAAAACGAGAUAUCCAAAUCGAACGUUUUAAGGCUGAAGAGGCUAAACAAGCCGCCAAAUUAAUCGAAGAUAAGAUGGAACGGAUGGUGUCGGACUACGAAAAACGAUUAAUAGAAGACAAUGUUACAAAAACGUUACUCAGUCGCAAGGAGCGCCAGGUUAAAGAUUUACAAUCUGCAGUCGAAUUGGAGAAGAAACGUACAGCAGAUGCUCAAGAGCGCGAAAGAUUUUGGCGCGAAGAAAUGGAAAAGAGCCGUCGCGACACCAAAGUUCAAGUUGAGGAAGCCAACAUGCAUGCAGCACUCAUGGAAGGUCGAUACAAUGCUAUUUCAUCACAUUGGAAGGAUCAAGGGGACGAAGUCAAGCGCGCUAUGGCCGGCCUCGACGGCAGGAUCAAAACGUUAGUAGAAGAACGGAAGACGGACGAUGAAAAGAUCAACGUUUUGCGCGAUCUGUGUGACCAGCAAGAUGGGAACAUACGAGACCUUCAAAGACAAAAGGAUGAAAUUUCCCGGAAAUUCGAGGCCUACAAGCGUGAACAGGAGGAGGCACUAAAAGAUAUGAAGAAAUCGGCCCGUGAGGGAGAACAAGAGCAGGAAAGAUCCCUCGAGGAAGCAAAGCAAGUCCUUGGCAAAUUGAAAUGGGCGCUCAAUGUGAAGCAAAACGUAAAGGGCGCCAAGUAAAUGGACUCUUCGUUUUAUGACAUAAUUCUUCGUUUGCGGCCUCUCUUUGAUCACGCUCUACUUUUUUGUCGAAAUUUUCCUCUAUACCUUGACUACCGAAAAUAACGACUUUGAAAUUACAAUACCUAUUUGUUUUAUCGCCUUCGAUUCGAAUUUAAACGCGCCACAAGUCCACCUUACCAAAAAUCUCGCCGAACAUAGGGCCAUGUUUUGCUUGAAAAUUGUUCCUACUCCUCGUGGUGUCGGAGUGGC